AUGGCGUACGAUCAGCGGGGGCUGAGAGGCGAGGAGGCAGCGGCGGCGGCGGUGGGGGAGGAGGAGAUGCUCCGGCGCGGGCCGUGGACGGUGGAGGAGGACGUGCUCCUCGCCAACUACAUCGCGGCCAACGGCGAGGGCCGGUGGAACGCGCUGGCGCGGCGCGCGGGGCUGAAGCGCACGGGCAAGAGCUGCCGCCUGCGGUGGCUCAACUACCUGCGGCCGGACCUGCGGCGCGGCGGCAUGACGGCGGAGGAGCAGCUGCUCGUCCUCGAGCUGCACGCGCGGUGGGGCAACCGAUGGUCCAAGAUCGCGCAGCACCUCCCCGGCCGCACCGACAACGAGAUCAAGAACUACUGGCGGACGCGGGUGCAGCGCCACGCCAAGCAGCUGCGGUGCGACGUCGGCAGCCAGCGGUUCAGGGACCUCGUGCGCGGCCUCUGGAUCCCCCGCCUCCUCGAGCGCAUCCACGCCGCCGCCAACAACUCCGGCGACGGCGACGUGAUAGCGCAGGCCACGGCGGCCGCGCUGCCCGUCGCGGCGGACGGGCGGUGCUGGCCCGUCGACGACGUGUUCGACCUCGGCCCCGGCGCCGCGGCCGACGUGGAGCUGUCAUGCACCACCGCCCUGUCCUCGUCGUCGUCGGUGUCCACGGACGGCUGCGGCGUGCUGCAGCCCCUGCCCGCGCCGGCGCCCAUGGUGGCUACCGCCGAGAGCGCGCGCGGAAGCGUCAUCAGCAGCGCUGCCAUGCACGACACGGCGCUCUGGCAGCCGCCGCAGACUCACGGCGGCCUCAUGAUGACCCAAGAACAACAGCACCACCAACAGGCUGAGUCGCAGCCGCAGCUGCUCGGCGCCGAGACGUGGUGGUCCGACCAGACCUCGCUCCCCGCCGGGCUGUACGCCGACGUGGGCUUCCCGGAGCUGGAGUUCGGCGGCGAGACCAUGUGGGGCGCCUGCGCCGAUGACCUGUGGUGCACGGACAUGCUGGGGCUGUGA